AUGGAAUCUCUGACUCCCUCACCAAACGUAGUAGAUAUGAAUCUGAAGAUAACUUGUAUAGAAUGCCAUCCUGAAUGCUUGGUUAUAGUGUUCCAAGGCCAAUACAAGGCAGGAUGCGAACUUGACUAUUACAUACUACAAAACGAAAUUCAGCGUAUAUUCAAAGUAAAAGAUAAGAUCAGCAUUGGUGGAUCUUGUUUGGUGGAAGACACAGAAGGAAAAUGGCAUAGAGGAAGAGUUCUGGAAAAGAAAGAGAAUACCUGUAAGGCUUUUCUUAUAGACACGGGGCAAGUUCUAGUGGUUGAGGAAACACAUCUUGCUUCUGCUUGUGAUGAAUUGUUUACACUGCCUCCAAAGGUGGUUUUGGGUGUUUUUGCAAGCAUACUUCCUCUUGGAGAAAAAUGGGGUCCAAGAGCCAUUAACUAUUUUUCAUCUCUGGUGGGAUUACAAAUUACAGGUCACGUAAAAGCUGUUAUGCCAUACCAACUGUUUAUUCUAGAAGUGCCAAAGAUCAUUGGUGAUGUUAUUGAACUGCAGUUAGGAAAAUUUAUUGAUGGGGAUUCAUUUUGUCUUAUUGUAGAAAUGUUAAGAUCAUUUCCCCAAGAAAUGCUUUGUAAGAGAGUGCCACAGUUGUUGCAACAGAAGUUUCCAGUCAAGGAUUUGCUUACUUUCAGUAAUUCUGAGAAACCAACAGAUUUUUGGCCAGUUCCAGGUGAUCUCUUUCCCCGUCUACCUGUUGGCUGUCAGGAAAACGUAAGAAUAACUGUUGCAAUUAGCCCAAAUAAAUUUUACUGUCAGAUACAGAAAUGGCAGAAAGAGCUGGAAGAUUUGACAGGAGCUAUGCAUUUGUACUAUGAAGCUGUCAGUACAGAAAAUAUGAAAUCUUUUGAUAGUUUAGGGCUACUCUGUGCUGCCAAAAGGCAAAAUGGGAAAUGGUAUAGAGGAGUGAUAAAACAGUUUCUCCCUGACCAUGUGGAAGUCUGGUUUAUGGAUUUUGGCAAUACUGAAGCUGUGCCAUCUAGUUGCAUUCAGAAACUUAAAGUAGAGUUCAUGGCAUUGCCAAUGAUUUCAUUUCCAUGUGCGCUGUCUUGUUUUGGUAGUCAGGAUGAAACAGUAAUAAAAACCCAGCUGAAAGAACUUACACAGGCCUUGAUAGGACAAACUUCUGUGUGUGUCCGUGUUGAUUUAUUCAAUGACAUUAAAUGCUUGUAUUAUAUUACGCUGCAAAAUCAAACCCUUGGAAUUCCUGCUAAGCAGUCAGAAAACCUGAAUGAGGCAGCUGCAUCAUGUGUCUCACUUUUGGAAACAAAAAUCACAAGUAUUGCUGUAAACUACCAACUGUGUUAUGAGAGAUACAAUUCAUUAAAGAAUUGUACUGAAAAUAAAUAUACAAAAACCUGUUUACCUGAAAGAGAUAUUUCUUUGUCAAGCCACUGCGAAAGAGUAGAAAUGAAAAUUAAUUCUUUCCACACUGCUUUUGUGGUGUAUGUCAUAAAUCCAUCUAACUUCUGGAUUCAAACAUGUGAAUAUCAGUAUGAAUUUCAAACCUUGACAAAAAAUAUUGCAGCCACAUAUAACCAAUGUGGAGCUGAUGAAAUGGUCCUGAAAAAUCCAGAGCCUGGAAUGGUGUGCUGUGCCCGGUAUAGCAAAGACAUGCAUUAUUAUCGGGGUGUUGUCAUUGAAGUGCUUAAUGUAGACAUUACUGUUUAUUUUUUGGAUUUUGGAAAUACAGAUACAGUACCCUCUUAUGAUGUGAAAACAUUGCUCCCUGAGUUUUCCAGUUUACCAGCUUUAGCUAUGUGUUGUGCACUUGCUUUCACAUUUCCUGUGGAUGAUGUGUGGGUUAAAAAGGAAAUAGAUUUCUUCAAAGAUACUGUGUUUAACAAACCACUGCUACUUCAUGUAGUUGGAAAGCAAAACAACAAGUAUUUUGUUAAUGUCCAUUAUAGGAAUGGUUUGGAGCAAGGAAAUGUUGCCACAUGUAUGAUUCAAGCUGGAUAUGCUGAAUACUGGGAAAAGGCACCAGAUUCUGCUCGAAAUUCAGCAAAAAAAAAUCGAGCACUGAAUUCUCAGAAAAUUAAGAAACAAAAAGUGAAUGCACAGAGCACAUGUAAUACUCGUAAAAAUAAGGUAUCUGGAAAUGGAGAGAUAUUGCAUAAGGAAAAAUCUUUAAGUGUGCCUUCAGUGCCAAGAGAAUCUGUUGUGCUGUCCUGUUUUGGAAAAGAUGCUGUUGCUGAAAGGUAUAAAUUGCUACGUGAGGAGAAAUUAUUUUAUAAAGAGUUUGUGUUUAAACCAGGAGCGGUUUUUGAAGUGGUGUGUUCUUGCAUUGUUUCCCCAGCAGAUUUUUCAUGCCAGUUGCAAAGCAAACUGCCAGAGCUAAAUAACUUAAUGGAACAAAUUCAGACUUACUAUGAAAAGCAUAUCAGUCCUUACAAAACUGGACAAGUUGCCUGUAUUGUUAAAUGUCCCAAAGAUGGGAAGUGGUACAGAGCAACUGUUGUGCAGCAAGUAUCCACAAAUGAAGUUGAUGUGAUUUUUGUAGACUAUGGUUAUCGAGAAAGAGUUUUACUUAAAGAUCUUCAGGCUGUUCUUCCUGAUUUCCUUACUCUGGAAAGUCAAGCAUUUCGAUGUGCACUUAAAAAUGUACUCUUACAGAUUGACUCACUUAAUUGGUCUGAAGAAGUGUGUAGACGUUUUGAAGACUUCAUUUCUGCUUCUGGAGGACCGCUGACUUGUAUUAUUUAUGCUCUUGCUCUUGUAAGCCCCAACUGUUUGUGCAAUAUAGUUGACUUACAGACUCCAUUUAUUAGUGCGGAGGAAUUCUUCAGAGAAAUGGAUGGUGGACUCAAUCAGUCUGAAUAUACUGGUCUGAGAAACCUUGCAUCUUUGGGUUCUCUAGACAGUUUUUGCUACUCAUCUUUUAAUCUAAAAGUUGGAGGUGAGGAGGAAGUUUAUAUAACUCACAUACAUAGUCCCACAAAAUUCUAUUGCCAGCUUAAUCGAAACACUGAAACUAUAGAGGCGUUGAUGGAGAAGGUGGGUGUCGUAAGUAAAAUGUCAAAUAAUGCAAAAUAUGAUGCCAGCAGUAUGCGAUUAUGUAUAGCCAGAUAUUUUGAAGAUGGUCUCUUUUAUAGAGCUUUGGCUUUUCCUGUGGAAUCAACAUCCUACUUAUGUGCUGACUUCGUGGAUUUUGGAAAUCAGAGUAUGGUAGAGAGAGACCAGUUGAUGCCUAUUCCAGACUUUGCCACUGACCUAAUAUUCACACCUAUGCAAGCUAUUAAAUGCUGUCUGUCAGAUCUUAGGGAGACAAAAAUUCCAGCAAGAGUUACUAGAUGGUUUGAGGAAACAUUCCUUGGUAAAUUGCUGAAGGCUGUAAUUGUAUCCAGAGAAUCAGAUGGACAGAUUCUUGUGGAGUUGUAUGAUGGACAGCUCAAAGUAAGUCAGAAAAUAAAAGAAAAAACCAAAUUAUACAGGUCAGCAGGAAAUGAAAAUAUACCUAAAUUAAUCAGUCUUCCUCAACGUGAUAUUCAGGUAAAUUCUGAAGUAGCAGGUUAUAUUUCUCAUGUGAAUAGUCCGUCAAGUUUCUAUGUUCAGUUUGCAGAGGAUGAAAACUUAAUAAUACAACUAGCAAAAGAGUUAAAUGAAGCUAUGAAGAGCAUAGGUCGUGAAAAUGGCUUAGAUGAGCCCAUGGUAGGGGACCUUAUUGUUGCAGAGCAUGACACUGGUGGUUUUUACUAUAGAGCAGUUAUUAAAGCUCUGAAAUGGAGAAACUGUGUUGAGAUAGAGUUCAUUGACUAUGGUUAUACAGCAGUUGUAAGUCCUUCAAAAAUCUGCAGGAUUCAGAGAAAAUUCUUAACUUUGCCGAGGCUCAGUGUUCAUUGUUUCCUUAGAGUAAAAAGUGAAAGCUGGACUAAUAAAAGUACUUCCUAUUUUGUAAGCAAAACAAUUAACAAGCCAGUCACUUGCAAGUUCUUACAGCAACAUGGAGAGCAGUGGGAAAUAGAUGUAAUUUGUGAUGGAAAAUCUGUGUCUAAUGACCUGCAGAAAAAAGGCAGGACAAGGUGGCAAAAACCACCGAUGCAUAAUCAGGAAAACAGGCCAAACCAAGUUCUGGUUAAAAGUAGUAAUCCUCAAGAUAGGAAGUCUAGGAAUGGCUUAAUUGAUCAAAGUAAAAAGAAGGCUGUUAGGAUGAAAAGCACUUUGAAAACACCCUUAAAUGUCCUUCCUCAAUGUCUAAGUUCUGGACAGGUAGAAGGAGCAGAAGUAGUUAAUAUUUUAGAGAGUGGAGAAUUUCAUGUACAGUUACUUAGAAAUGUGGAAGUACUGCAUGAGUUAAAUGUGGUGCUUGUCAAAGAAGCAGAGAGAUGUGAUUUGCUUAGAGUGGAUGACAUUGAAGAAGGAUUAGAAUGCAUGACAAAAUCUGAAAUUAACUUGGAGUGGUAUCGGUCAAGAGUGGUAAAGAAAUUUGUCCAGGAGAAGUUAAUGCUAGUUUUUUUCAUGGAUUAUGGCAAGUAUGAGAUGGUGUCAUUAAAUAAUGCGAAGAUGUUCAGUGAUGAGAUUAGAAGUAUUCCUAAACAAGCUGUGUUUUGUAAAUGGGUUUGGUUUAAGAAAAUGAAGAAAAAUCAGUUUGUCCAUGUGGUAAAUGCACUCCUAGAUCAUGAAAUUAGGAUCUUGUUUUUGAGAUACUUGGAAUGCUCUCAUAUGUGGGAAGUAGAUAUUUUAAUAGGGGAAAUUCUGCUUCAGGAGUAUUUGGACCCACUAUUAAGUCAUUGUCAGACUAUUGAUGGACCAGAAAAAUCCAGUAAUACAGAUUGUAAGGAGUGUGAUACAUCAUUCAAAAGAAAUUCGAUCACAUGGUUGCUGCAGAGUGGCAGAAGGUAUGCUGGGUUUGUAACUGCAGUUACUGAUCCUUCAAACUUCUGUGUCCAGUUUGAAAACUUAUUUGGUUGCAUGCAGAACUUGUCUUUGCUGCUCUCUGACCUUCCUGACAACUUGCCAGCUUUGCCACAAGAACUUGUGGCUCCUGGCGCUAGCUGCUUGAUCAGGUUUGGAUUGGAAGCACAGUGGAACAGGGCAGAAAUCAGUGAAGUAACAAGUCAGUCUGUUGUUCUUAGAUUUAUUGAUUACGGCUUUCUGAAGAGCAUCCCUUACUCUGAUAUCCAUAAACUUAAAGUCAUAACAAAAAGUCUGUCUUAUUUACCACACUUGGCACACUCUUGCUCUUUACAUGAUACAGUUCCUGCCAAGGGGGAAUCCUGGAGUGAUGAAGCUAAACUUCUGUUCCAGAAGCUUCUUAGUAAUGCUGGUCUGGUAUUUCAUUUUAAACAUUAUGGCUCUGAAAUGAAGUUAGAGGUGGAUGUUCUGCACAAGGAGAACAAUCUAGCUCAUGCCUUAAUUGCUGCUGGCCAUGCAGCCUGCUCUAGAAGUAGGUGCUGUCUUAUUCCGGUUGACAGAAUUAAAUCAGAAAAUACAGAUCUACAGGCCAAGCAUCCAAAUCCUUGUUACUGUGCUUCCCUUUGUGAACCAGACUAUAAUUAUAACAAAACCUCUAUUUUGCUGACAGAAAUAAAGCAAGAGAGUGAAGCAAAAAAGAUGGUAUCCAAACCAUAG